AGCACAACUCCUUGUUCAUCUUUUCACUCUGACCAUCUUCCGAAGAAUUGGUUUGGUUGGUGGUGUGAUUCAUCACGUUUGAGGAUCCUGUUUGGAUUGUAUUUCCUGAUUUACACUACCGCUCACUUGCUUUCGUUUCAAGACUUUCAGGAGGAGACAAAAUAUCUAUAUCUGUACUUUUUAAUCUAUCCGUAGAGUGAAUGGCAAACACAGCGUGUUUUAUAAUAGUGGGUCGGAAUGAUAUUCCCAUAUAUGAAGCUGAAGUUGGUUCUGCGGCCAAAAGAGAAGAUGCUGCUCAGUUGCACCAGUUUAUACUACACGCUGCUUUAGAUGUUGUCCAAGACCUUGCUUGGACUACUAGUGCUAUGUUCUUGAAGUCAGUUGACAGGUUUAACGAUCUGGUUGUGUCCGUCUACGUUACCGCUGGCCAUACUCGACUCAUGCUCCUUCAUGAUUCACGCAAUGAAGACGGCAUCAAGAGCUUCUUCCAGGAGGUGCACGAGCUUUAUAUAAAGAUUCUUCUGAACCCCUUGUAUCUGCCCGGUUCUCGUGUCACAUCGACACAUUUUGACACCAAGGUACGUGCACUUGCAAGAAAGUAUCUCUAGGCAAGACUGAAGAGAUUCUGUCUUUGCGUUUGUUUGCUGGAUGUCCAAAGCCCAGAGUUCCACUCAAAUUGUUUGUUUUUGUGUGUUAUGUCAAGUGCUAGAUCUCUGUCCUGUAUUUCCACUCCCAAACAAGAUUUAGAUUCCUUGUUUUGUAAGAAAAAAUGAUCGAAUUCAGUCCAAACCCAUAAUCUC